AUGUCCGGUUCUUCUGAUGAUAAGAAUAUCCUAUUCAAUUCUUUCUACCAAGAGGUGAAGGCUAUCGAGCAACGCGAUUCAGUGCUAACUUCGAAGCAGCAAAUUGAUAGGCUAAAUAGACCAGGUUCCACCUAUUUCAACUUAAAUCCCUACGACGUUCUCCAGGUUGAUCCAGACACCCCCUUGGGCGACAUCAAGAGGAAAUAUCGUCAGCUGUCACUACUUGUCCACCCUGAUAAGAAUCAUGAUGAUCCCGAAAGGGCUAAGAAGGCAUUCGAUGCUUUGACAAAGGCCCAUCGGGCACUGGAUGACCCUGAAACUGCCAGAAAAUGUAAGGAGGUUGUAGAAGAAGCCAAAGACCGUGUGGAACAAAUGAUCGUGGAAAAGCGGAAGCGUUUGAAGAAGGCUGGUCAGCCAACUGAGGUAGAGGAAGAUGAUCCCGAUAGGAAGCGUCACGCUAUCUACGUCCAGACGUGUAAAUUAUUCGCUGAUUUGGAGAGACUUCGAGUGGAAGAGGAAGCAAAGCAAUCCAAUGAACGGUGGGUUUUUGGUACUAGGAUUCAUGCGUUGUCCUCACAUUUUGGGGAAAAAGCUUUUUUGCUGACUGCACAACAGACGCAUCUAACAUUCCAGGGCGUCGCUAUACGCUGUGAGCAAGUUAAGUCUUGA